UGGUUCCUUCGUACAAACUGUUUGUCCGUGUACAAGGUUUUUGAGCUUUUGCAACUGAAUUCAAUUCAGGACAGUAUCGUCAGGGAAAAUAUGUCAUCAGCUCAAGAUCCAUUUUACAUAGUUAAAGAGGAGAUUCAGGAAUCUAUUGAUAAACUGCUGUCCACUUUCCACCAAUGGGAGCACAUGCCUUCGAAUACAGGAGAGCAGGUCCAUCUCACGAAGGAGUUAAUUGCCAGCUGUGAAAGCAUUGAGUGGCAGGUGGAUGAAUUGAAUAAGACCAUCACUGUGGCAGCUCGAGAUCCUGCCUGGUAUGGCAUUGAUGAAGUGGAACUUGAAAAACGAAGGAGAUGGACCAGCACUGCUCUUACACAGGUGGGUACUGUGAAGAAAUCAGUGGAAGCUGGAAAGGAAAAGAAUGUCUCAGUCACUGCUGGUCUGAGUGGAAUGCGUCAAGAACUAAUGAGGCUUCCUGAUGAUCGUGCUUAUCAGACAGGCAGAUCCAACCACAUGGCGAAUGAUAAUGAAGAUUUUAUAUCUUCUGAAUCAGACAGGCAACUGCUUCUCAUAAAGCAACAGGAUCAAGAGCUGGAUGAGCUUAGUGCAAGUGUGGAGAAAAUCGGAGGUGUAGGGCUUACGAUCCAUGAAGAACUACUUGGACAGGAAAAGCUCAUAGAAGAAUUGAGCUUGGAAAUGGACAGUACAAAAAAUCGUCUUGAUUUUGUCCAGAAGAAAGUGGCUUUGGUUAUGAAGAAGGCUGGUGUGAGGGGUCAGAUUAUGAUUAUUGCUUUUCUGGUGAUUCUUUUUAUUAUUCUCUUUGUUUUGGUCUUCCUCACCUAAGCUUCGGUGGAAAAUUUUAUCCGGCUGGUUAUACAUAGGAGAGAGAGCUUGUUAAGAGAGGAGAUUCUAGGAUGUAAGGAUUUCAGAUGAAGUGAUUGCUGUUCUGGUUAAUUGAAUAAACCACUGCCUAGCAGUGCUGUCUGAUUAAUUGAAAA